CCGACCACUACUACUGACCAUAUCCCCAACUCCACCACCACAGCCCUCUUCUGUGACCCCACCCAGAAGCUAGUCUCUGAAUUCCACAAAAGACACCAAAGUAUGAGUCGCGCGGCAAAGCUUGCCCCAGAAGUCAACCGAGCUCUUUUCGUGAAGAACUUGAGCUAUAACGUCUCUGCAGAAGAGCUGUUCGACCUCUUUGGCAAGUUCGGCCCAGUGCGCCAGAUCCGCCAGGGUAUUGCCAACAACACCAAGGGCACCGCCUUCGUCGUCUAUGAAGACGUAAUGGAUGCGAAGCAGGCCUGCGACAAGCUCAAUGGCUUCAACUUCCAGAACCGCUACCUCGUGGUUCUAUACCACCAGCCUGAGAAGAUGGUAAAAGCGCAGAGCGACCUUGCCGAGCGCGAGAAAAACCUAGACAACUUCAAACGCCAGCACGGUAUCGAUUAGCAUGAGGCGAGGCCCACGGAGCAGGUGAUGGCGAGGGAUAGGAGCAACUUUGAGUCUCCUGUGGGCCUCCGCAGUCUACAUUCACAGAGGACUUCGUCCAGUGGGGGGAGAACCUCAACAAGCUCAAUUAUCACGGCAAAACCCAAAUCGACCCCAAACACCAAGGACGAAUGCCGAAAUUGCGACUGGAGGAGCGUGAGGGCAUCUGCCCAAGUGGUGUGGGCUCGGUUACAUGGAUUGGCGUUGAAGAUGUCAUGAACUUAUGAGAUGAUGGAUUGCUUGCUUUUCUUCUACGGUGCCAAAUUGGCUUCAAGCAUGACAAUACCUGGCUCAAACUGCCCGGAUUUACCCGGUUCAUUAAAUUCUCCAUCAGGAAGGUUCUAGCUGCAGAGGACAUUGCGG